AUGGGAGAUCCAUUACCAUUAAGACUAGCACUGCCUGAGCUGAGAUAUCCGAUUGGAUCAGAGCCAGAGAAGACGAUAUCGAUAAACCAACACUCGAUAGUUGCUUAUAUCAAAACUGUUAAGGAAAUUCUAGGAAAUGAUGAGUUCAACAGAAUAAGAGGGACGUUUUUGGGACCGGUGAUCAAGCUUGGAGAGAGGUCUUUGAAAUUAUCAGCUAAGAUAGUGCACGCAGUUCUCACCAAAAGCAUCAAGACAGUGAAGAGACACGAAUCCUGGUUCCAUUUUGGUGCUCAGCCAAUGAGGUUCUCUAUAAGAGAAUUCCACAUGGUGACUGGUUUGAAAUGUAGUGGUGAAGCAAGAGAACCACGAGAGGAAACCGAGAGAUUUAAGUGGGACUUCCUAAAAGGGCGUACUCAUACAGUAAAGGACGUGGAGAAGCAGCUCAGAAACACAAGAGAAGAUGCUUCUGAUGAGAGAUUCUGCCUUGCAAUGCUCCUCCUGAUUGAGAGCAUACUACUACAGAAGAGCCUUCUCGACGGUGGCACAACUUUUACUUUGGAUUAUGUGAAAAUAGCGCAGGAUAUGGAUGUCUUGAUGACAUACCCAUGGGGGAGAACAGCUUAUAAUUUGCUGUUAAAAUCACUUCAGAGAGCUGUCGACAAAAGCCUCGACAAAAACAAUUAUGAUUUGCAAGGAUUCCCUAUGGCAUUUCUUAUAUGGAUACUUGAGUCAGUACCUUUGCUACAGUAUGCAUUCAGUCAAGUGGUUCCUAUUCUGAGCGUUCAACCGUCUACCCCAAUAUUUUUGUGUGAGAAGUACCUUCAAAUAGCUUCUCCACAGCUGAUAGAUGUUCUCCUAAUUGAAAUCAAAGAUCAUCUUAAGGUCAUAUGCAUCCUACCUCCUAUUCCUAAUGAUCCAGAAGCUGAUGUUUGCAUGGAAGACGAAGCUAAUAAAGAUCUGGAUGACAUGGCCGAUUUAUCCAAGAGAGGUUAUAAGUUUAAAAUUAGAGAUUGGCGAAACAUGUCAGUAGACCUAUACGGUGCUAAUGAACAAAUAAGAAGAGCAUCUUUACUGUUUGGGAAUGGAGGGAUGAGUCAAGCUUCUUCUUCGUAUCAGGAGGAGUCUUUGGAAUCAAAGAUCAACAGAAUCAGCGAGAUGGUGGGAGAUAAUUUAAGGAUCAUGAACGAUCGUUUGUGUUUGAUUGAAAAAGACAGGAAACAGAUUAAAGAACGUGUGACAAAACUAGAGAAACUACAAAGAGUUACUUCAUAUGAAACUCCAAACAAUGAGACUGACACAACUCCAUUUCAUGAGACGGCUUCCAGACAAGGUGAAGCCAAUACAGAUCAAGCAGAUGAACAACUUAACAAUGAGGAUACACGAGAGCCUAUGAAUGAGAUCACGAAAGAGACACCUGGUUCUCCAAUAGCUCAACAGAAUAUUGAGACUCCAGUCCUUACUCCAAUUCAGACGCAACAGGAGACUCACGAGCUUAUGAAUGAGAACAUUUCACCAAACAUUCAGGAGACUCACGAGCAAAAUAAGGAUGUAGAAAGCAGAGUUCAAAAUACCUUUGAGAUCGGAGCAAAUGUGGAGAUUUCAUCACAAGAUGACAAUACUUGUCAUAAAUGGUAUCCAGGAAAUGUGUUGGCAACAUAUUUGGUUGAUGGGGUUGAGAUGGUGAAAGUUGAGUACUCCGCACCGUCUCUGGACGAAAAGAAGAGGAAAAGGAGUGUUGAGACACGUGUAUCAAUUGACAGAAUACGUCCUCAACCACCACCUGAGAGACCUGGAGCGAAGAAAAGUUAUGAGCUAAUGGAUGACGUAGAGGUGUUCGACAAUGGUGCCUGGUGCGCUGGAAAAGUUAAAGUCAUUUUGUUUGAUGGCACGUGUUUUGUCUCUUUGAACAAUUCUACUGAACAAAUUCACUUCAACCAUUCUGAGAUGCGAAAACCAAGAAAAUGGGUAGAUGGUGUUUGGAAGAUGACAGAAAAGAUAGAAGAAGAGCAGACGCAGAGUGUGAAUCCAAGUGAAGGAGAUGGUGAUAAAAAGGGGAAGGCGAAGGCUGUCGCUUCGAGAAGAGAAGAGGCCAAUACGACCUAG